AUGACCGUGCUCGAGAAGCGCUUCGGCGGACUCGCGUCACGCGGGGGCUUCCGAGCCAGCUUCGAGGCGUUGGACCGAGCACUGGGAGCUGCCUGGGCCGAGUGUCCACUGGGCACUCUGACCUUGCAGGUGGCACGGAUUUUGAUGUGCCUUACUGAAGGACAUCUCGAAUGCUUCGUCUCGCACUCCUCAUGGAUUUCCAAUGAGCUGUUCCAGAUCCCCUUGACGGUGAUCAUGGGCACGGAAUGGCCCAUCUUUGCCUUGCUCCACUCCUACGACUGGAGCUAUCCGGGCAUCCCUCGGAACAACGACUACGACGAUUGCGCGUACACCAAUCGCAGUACCCUGGAUUGGCCAAGGCUUUUGCAAGCCCUGCAGGACGAUUCUAGCCGUCCAGAUGCCUCCUGGUGGUUGGAUUUGCUAAGAUACACCUUCGACAAUAAGCUUGCCAUGUCCAUGUAUGUCAGUAGCUCUGAAUGUCUCUAUGGCGUCUACGUGCUCAACAUGGUCAAGGCCAUGUGGUCGGCGGAUACGGAAUCCUCGGCCUUUCGCAUCUACUCGCCGUACGUGCAGUGGAUCCAUUACGAGAGUUUGCAUCUCUUGGGCGCCAGCCACUGGAGGAUCUUCGAGUUGUUCCACCACUUCACCUCCUUAAGGAGGCACAAUUUCCGCUUGGACUUCACGGCACAGGAGCUGGGCGGUCUGCCCUGGCGCGCGGAGGGGCCUUGGCUCCAACAGCUUCCCAGGGAGGACCAUCUGAAGCUCCUCGAGGGACAGGUGCUCAGGCACCACAGUGAGUCCUUUGGCGACUUGCACAGGGUCCUGCAGACAGCGCUCAGGGCACUGCGAGACGAUGAGCCCAGAUUAGUGUAUGUGACCAUGGUCUAUGGUUCCAUGAACCGCUUCAUCGCCGGCUGGGCUUCGCGCGCCAAGCUCCUGCAGCUCCGAAACCUCGUCCUGGCCACGUUGGAUAGCACGGCCUAUGAGCUCUGCCUGCAACACCAUGGGCUUUGUGUGCGUGGCCAGGUCAGCGUAUUGAACAAGUACACUCUCUUGUUGGUGGCUUUGCAACUGGGCUUCGACGUCAUGUGGCUGGAUUUCGACAUCUUCCUGGUGCGGCAUCCGACGAAGGCCCUUCAACAAGCGAGUCAGGGCUAUGACCUGCUUAUGGGCUACGAUCUGGAGUCCGAUUGCUUGUGCAAUGGCUUCUUCUUCAUCCGUGCCAACGAGAAGACCCACGCCUGGCUCUUCGAGAUGCUCCGAUGGCUUUACAACCAUCCCUAUGAGCACGACCAGCGAGCGAUCUCGGCCUUUCUCAACUACACCGAGCGGAUCUCUUUGAAGGUUGAGGAUCUGCCUCCCAUCCCUCGAUGGCAUGUCUUCGAUGAAGAGAACAGCUUCAUCAACUACGGUAGUUGGUUGGGAAACUUCCAAGAGCUUAUCCUGGUGCCUCGGGGGCGGGAGUGCACUUCGUGGAUGGCUCCGCCUUCUCGCUCUACGGACGGCCCUCCUGGGAUCCCUCCAUCCCCGCCGAGAAGCGCCUGGGCGACGACCAGCCAGCCCCAUCGACCAUGGAGGCGUUCUAUCAACCCGAGAUGGCGGAACUUCCUCCCGAGCAGCUGGAGACCAGCUAUUUGGGGCAAUUGUUGAAGGCCAAAGUGAAGAAGAAACCAGAGAAGAAGCAGAAGUGUGGCAUUCUUCCGAUGGUGAUCUCUGCUCAUCCCGGCUACGGCUGGCUGGCCGAGCAGGGCUUCCGUGCUCCAAUCCCUGCAUGGCACCAGUGAGAACCUACGACGCCACGGCGACGCCACGGCGACCACGGGCUUUCGCUCGCUGAGAUGACCGAGCGGUCGACGGGUGAAGGAGAACCCGACGAACGAUGCGCUGUCGACGCCAGCGGUCCAUGGGUUUGGUCCAAAGGGCACCUUCGGUCUGUUAGACAUGGCCGAAACGCCCAACUCGAUCUGCUCAGAGACCUGUUUGCAUGUUGCAUUUGUGUGUGGUUUACAUCUGGGCGAUUGCAGGGGUCGUUGAAUGGUUGUGGAAUAAUACUUUGGAGAUGAGGGAGAGAUGCAAGUGGUGGUCGCCAAGACUGGCAGCCUCCAGCCAAGCGCGGUGUGGCCGUAGACAUCUCGCAGCAACACCCCCGGACCCAGGAGUCUUCCUCGAGACCGGCGGUGAGAUGCGGAGACCUGCGAGACUGCGAGCCAUCCGCCCUGUCCGGGCGUGGAAAGGCUAGCGGGACCUUGGUGCAUGCAGAUGGCCCCCAGGUGAUGCGGC